AUGAGCACAUAUUCGCUUGGAGCUCACAAAUCUUUCCUUGUCGUGAUUUUCUUCACGCUAUUUUCUAUCGGUUGGAGCCUUAGGGCGAUCCCAAAUCAUGCAAAGUUAAUGGGCUUGCAAGAAGAGAAAGUAGCAAUUAGAGACAAAAAGGAAGAAACAAGAGAAGACAACACAUCAAUGGAACUCUACCCAAAUGGUUCUACCAUUCCAGAUUGUUCUCAUGCAUGUGGACCGUGUUCCCCUUGCAAGAGGGUCAUGGUGGGUUUUAUCAAAUGCUCCAUGACAGAGUCUUGUCCUAUCGUUUACAGAUGCACCUGUAAAGGAAAAUACUACCAUGUUCCCUCCAACUGA